UCUCCCCGCGCGCGCGUGGGAGGGUGAAGCAUCGCGGGACUGGAGCGGAGCAGCGGGUUUUUGGGGACAAAAGAAAGAUUCUUUACAUCCGGAAAACAUGGAGUGAUUUAUCCUCAUCACAAGAAUUCAAACAAGACCAUCCAUCCCACAUCUUUCACCCCAGAGCACUAUUAGCAACGAGAUGGGGCCGACCAGACUUGGACCUGCAGCUUUACAGCUGGAAAAGUGCAGCUUUUCUAGCAACGUUUUAGACCAAGAGCAGCUUCCCCAGUAUCCCCUGAACUCCUGCAGCCAGCACUGCGUCUCCCAUUCACUUCCCAUCCAGAGCGUUAACAUGAGAACUUGUGAAUCCAAGACUGUAGUGCCCAUCGUUUCCAAUGACGCCAUUGAUUUAGCCUCUAUCGUCCAAUUGACUCAGAGAUCAGUAAUGUACCAAUGCAUCAGUGAAGUUCAAGCUGACUUAGACUGCAGCCUUCCAGGCCGAGGUGAGCUUUCUGAAGUCACCAGCAUUUCCACUCCUUCACCUGCAUCCUUCACUCCUUCCUACUCCUCCAGUCCGUGCUGUGAUGGAUCCAGUCCACAGCUGUUGGGUUCUCAUUGUUCUCAAUCAAUCUCUACGUCUACAAUUCUCAGGAACUUCAAGAAAGAACCUGGAAGUACGUUUGAAGUUUGCAGUUGCCCUAAGAACAAGGAUGUACUUUAUCAUGUCAGACCUGAACACAGCUGUUCCAACACCUGUGCAGACUCAGCUAAUGAACUGGCCAAUCAGCUUCAAGCUCAAAAAAGUUCAGGAACUCAAUCUGAAGAGACUUGCACCACGAUUUUCAACCAAACAGAUUUAGGACUUGCACCCGAAGAGAAGGAGGUGAAAUUAUUCUCUUGUACUGAGCAGCCAUGCCAGUGGAUGGACUGCCGGGCGUCUUACGUGCAAAAAGAUGAGCUGGUGAGGCACAUUGAGAAAGUUCACGUGGACCAGCGGAAAGGAGAUGAUUUCACUUGUUUUUGGGCCGGCUGUGUUCGCCGCUGCAAGCCCUUCAACGCCCGCUACAAACUGCUCAUCCACAUGAGGGUCCACUCUGGAGAGAAGCCCAACCGGUGCAUGUUUGAAGGCUGCAGUAAGGCUUUUUCUCGAUUGGAGAACCUGAAGAUCCACCUGCGGAGUCACACGGGUGAAAAGCCGUAUAUUUGUCAGUUUCGCGGCUGCAUGAAGGCCUUCAGCAACUCCAGCGACCGAGCCAAACACCAGAGAACACACCUGGACACGAAGCCGUACGCCUGCCAGCUCCCGGGCUGCACCAAGCGCUACACUGACCCCAGCUCCUUACGCAAGCAUGUGAAGAGCCACUCCAGCAGAACCCUGACCACACUCCACCAGCAGCAAUCUUGUUUGGAGGCGGACUCGGAGUGCCUGGAGGAACGACUGAUGGAGCACAGUUCUCUCUACCAGCAUCAGCAAAGCAGCUUUAAUGCAGGGCUGUCGGAGAACAGUGUGACUGUGUGUAGCAGGAGUCCAGCAGUGUCCCGCAGCACGGAGCUCAGCUACACCCGACACCACCCUCAUCCUAUACACAGCAACCACAACAACAACAACAUCAGCCUCACACAGGACAGGCUGACCUGUCCACUCUUGUCCGGAGGUCCGAUCAGCCAAUCAGAAGCUCCACAAUCAGUCAAAGAAACAUCCUUCAUCAGCUCAGCUCAGAAACCCAGCCUGCUCCACCCCGAUCACCAAACCCACCAACACUCGUUCCACAGUUUUCCCGCCCUGCCGGAUCAGAACUACACGGAUAGAGGGAAUGCUCCACACGGCUGCGAGCAGGAAGGAUACAUGUACAUCCCCACGUUUACCACACCUGAUUUUAGCUCAUGUCAGGACCCUCAGGCUGUCAGUGGGAAUUUCUCCAGUGGUCCAGAUGAUGGUUUUCUGCUGCAGAUGGGUGUGUAUGACCGGUUCCUGGGUCAGAUCUGUUCUCUGUACGCUGAGACAUAAACCCCUUGUGUCACUCACCAGACACUCAUCUCUACAAGUCUGGACAGUGGUGGACUGGGACACACUCUAAUUCAGUUUAUAGCACACCUUUUUUCUACUGGAGGGGUAGAAGGGCAUCCAUAGAUGAGCACUUAUUCAGACACAUUAUCAAAUUUCCUUGAUCUAGAGGGACAUAUUCAUAAUUUAUUGUAAGAAGGGACACUCUAGCGAGCACUUUAUAAUUUUUUUCUCCACAAGAAGUGCAGUGCUUUUCUUCCAGAGGGGCAAUUGCCCCCCCUAGCCCCCCUUGAAUCUGCUUGUGAGUCUGGACAAACUGGACCUGGGUUAAUAACCCACACACUGAGGUACUGAUGGAACUGACUGAUCAAAAAAGGUUCUGGACUUUUUGAUUUUAGGACCAGAUUUUUUUAUGUAGCAUCGUUCUCCCACCACAGUUUUUCAGACCAUAGUGCUGAAGAUCAUGUUUACACUAAAGAGGAGAUGUGAGGUAACUGCAGUGUGUUCUCUUCUU